AUGGGGAAUAAUUGUACCUGUUGGAAACAUGACCUAAUAAAUUAGAUUGAGGUUAGAGGCAACUAAAAACCAAGAUGGCAAAGUUUAGAACCACUAAAGAGUUAGGAACAAAAGAUCAUUAAAAUGUAGUCCUGGAUCCGUGGCUGGUAAGCUCGUUAAAGAGUUUGGAAAAUGCAAUUACAAAAAUACAAUGAUAGUGUUAAUGAAUAGUUAAGAACGUAGCCACUGUUUUUUAGGUAGCUACAUCCAUUUGAAUUUGGAAUUGACGAUAUAAAUGAUUAACUUGCUCAUUAGAAAGUUCUUAAAGCACCAAGCAAAUUAGAAAAUGGGUCAAUGUAUUUUGGGGAGUGGAUAAAUGAUUUAAGACAUGGCAAAGGCAUUCUCAUAUGUGAUGAUGGAUCUAAAUAUGAAGGUUAUUUCAACUAAGGCAAUGCACAUGGAAGAGGGAGAUUGAUACAUUCAAAUGGGGAGGUUUAUGAAGGGCAAUGGGAGAAUGAUGAAGCGCAUGGGUUAGGUACUUAUAUUCAUGAAGAUGGGGCAACCUAUACUGGUUAAUGGGAACAUGAUUUAUAGCAUGGGAAAGGAAGCGAAAAAUGGCCGGAUGGAAGUUAUUUCGAAGGGUUCUAUAAAAAUGGGAAGAAGGAUGGAUUGGGUAAAUUUGUGUGGAUUGAUGGUGCUAUCUAUGAAGGGGAAUUUAGAAGUAAUAACAUUGAUGGAUAUGGAAAAUACAACUGGCCAGACAGCAAAUAUUAUCAAGGGUAUUGGAAAAACAAUAAAAAAAACGGAAAAGGGAAAUAUGUAUGGCCUGAUGGAAAAAUAUAUGAAGGAGAUUUUGUGAAUGAUCAAAAACAUGGUUAAGGCAUUUUGAAGUUUCCAGAUGGCCGAAUAUAUGAAGGAGAGUGGUAAAACGAUAAAUAACAUGGGAAGGCAUUACUAAGACUACCAAAUGGUAAGACAUCUUAUGGAGAAUGGAAAAAUGGAAUUCGUAUCAAUUGA